CCUUUUUUCACGGAGGAGCGAAAACAGCGCUGCUCUCGCGACUGCGAUAGGUACAACGCUGGUGCCAGGCCGAUGCGACGCGAGUGCGGCGAGCUGGUGAUACUCACGCACACACGAUACACGCACGCCGAACAACAACGGAAGAGCCUUUCGGACGACGAAAUAAAAUCUGUGCCACGUAGAUGCGAGAGAACCGAGAAGAAACGAGAUAGCUCGACGACGACGACGACGUAUGACCCAGAUGUAUAGGAAACAAUCGCAAGCAAAAGCGACAAUAAUGACGACGCUAGAGAUAAGUGUGGAAUCCAGACAAUAAAUAUGUAAGACUGAUAUCGCGCCCCCGAGGAAAGGAUAACACUGCCCAUGUGGGAAGGAGAUAGCGACGUAUCGAUUGCAUGCGCGAAAUAUCCUCCGUUGUUCCCGCGUGGAGGAGCUCGUUUCCCAAGAAACUUCGUUCCGUGUACCUUCCCGCGAAGACAGAACACUUCGAGGACACCUGGGACACUUCGAAUAUCGACUAGCUAGCGAACGAAGAGGAGAGGUAUGGAAAUCGUGAGCAGUCCCGCCGAUCGCGACUCUCUGAAGAUCUCCGUGACACGCUAAUUCCUAGGCGAGGAUAGUGGCUGACGAAGAUACGAAGAAGAGAUGUCACUGAAUCACAGAUAUUACGUAACAACGAUACCCGACGAGGGCGAGGACAAUUUUAAAAUGCCCAGGGCUUCCGUGGUACACAUGACGUCGACGGCAACGAGGCCGCAUCACAUGUCACAAGUACUGGCGACCCUGGCACUAUCUAUGGGAACUCUCUCCUCCGGUUUGGCCAAGGGUUACACCUCGCCCGCGUUAGACUCCAUAUUGGAUAAUCAACCGCCCCAUCUUUAUCAAUCAUCCAACAAUGACACGUGGUUGGCUUUUUCGGUUACGCAACAGGAAGCUUCGUGGGUUGCAUCGCUGUCCAUGCUGGGCGCAUGGUUUGGUGCCAUGAUCGGUGACUGGAUAAUGCGGAGAGGUCGUCGUUUGGCCUUACGCAUGACAUCCUUGCCUCUGGCAGGAGCCUGGGUCUUAACGGGCGUCGCACCGUGCGUGGAGUUGGUGUACGUCACAAGUUUCAUCGGCGGGCUUUGCUGCUCAGUCAUCACCAUGGUAGCGCAGGUGUACAUAUCGGAAAUCUCGAUGCCUGGCAUCCGCGGAUGUUUGUCAGCGAUGUUGAAGGUGCUCGGUCACGUUGGUGUCUUACUGUCGUACAUAGCCGGCACAUAUCUGAAUUGGCGGCAAAGCGCAUUACUAGUGGCCGUCGCGCCGUCAAUGCUCUUUUUGGGGACCCUCUUUAUACCAGAGACACCAUCAUAUCUCGUACUAAACGGCAAAGAUGACGAGGCUGCCAACAGUUUGCAGUGGCUGCGCGGAGAACACGUUGAUAUUAGACAUGAGUUGCAGGUCAUCAAAACGAAUAUUCUGGCUUCGAGGGCUAAGCAGUAUGAGCUAAGUUUUAAGAACAGCAUGUUUACACCGAGACUAUACAAACCCAUCGCUAUCACAUGCGGUCUGAUGUUCUUCCAACGAUUCUCCGGCGCGAAUGCGUUUAAUUAUUACGCGGUACUUAUUUUUCGUCAGACCCUAGGUGGAAUGAAUCCUCACGGAGCGACCAUAGCGAUCGGAUUUGUACAGCUAUUGGCUUCUUUACUGUCAGGAUUUUUGAUUGACAUAGUCGGCAGACUACCGCUUUUGAUAGCCAGCACCGUUUUCAUGUCACUGGCGCUCGCCGGUUUCGGUAGCUACGCGUAUUACGUGUCUCAAACGCAAAAUCUUGGCUACGUGGACUCGGCGGUGGUGGGCCAGCACGACUGGAUACCGCUACUCUGCGUACUCGUGUUCACGACUGCCCUCGCCCUGGGCAUAUCGCCAAUUUCUUGGCUAUUGAUUGGCGAACUGUUUCCGCUGGAGUACCGCGGCCUCGGCUCCAGCAUUAGCACGAGCUUUAGCUACUUUUGCGCGUUUUUCGGGAUCAAGCUCUUUAUGGACUUCCAGCAGAGUCUCGGUCUACAUGGAGCCUUUUGGUUUUACGCCGCCGUGGCGGUCUGCGGAUUGUGCUUCGUAGUCUGCUGCGUGCCUGAGACGAAGGGCAAGCAGCUGGACGAGAUGAAUCCGGAUUAUGCGCAAGCACGGUAGUAUAAGGCCUCGCUGACGGGGGGUCUCUCGAACUUAGAGAAGGCGAACAAGCCUUUACCGGGUGGUGCUUAUCCGAACGAGCACGAUCCGCGGGAUCUCUACCGCAACGAUCCGUCAAUAGCGACUUCCAGCAUCGCGAUGCCGUCUGCGCGCGUCGCUCACCGCAAAUUGUCGGAUUACUGCGGUAUCUUCGCCGAGAAGACCAAUAGAAUCGGUAGAAACGUGGAGAGCUUUAUGCAGUCUCGCGGUUUGCUACCGAUUCGUCGCUCGGUCGACGAAACGCCGUGUCGCGACACGCUCGGGAUUAACGGCGACGUGAUCAGGAAUAACCCUCCGUCGAGGGUUGAUCGAGAAACGAGCGAGACCCGUCGUCGCCAGCACGAGAGUCUCGAUUACGAGCGGCUACGGAGGAACGGCGGUCAGAAGAAACGCGUGGCGUACUCCAACAGCACUUAUCCCCGGGACCCAAUGCGAGCAGACGCGAGUUACGUUCGUCGUUUCAACGCGACGGAGCCCCGUCGUGCCAACAGGCGCGAGUACGCAGAAACGGAUUACGACGCGGCGGACACCUGGAGACGAGACUUGGACCUCGCGAGGGGAGGUCUGUAUGUCUCCAAGCCGAUUCUAAGAAACGGCAUCAAUCAUGGUGGAGACGAGAGGCCGUAUUACUCGACCCUACCGCGGCGCAGCAGGACCAUCAACUUUAAGGAUCAAGCACGCGACUCCCCGGAGGGAGAACGACGGCGCACGUAUCCGAAGAGUCUGCAGGAUCUAACGGAUUUGGAACUCGAUGACGUCGCGUAUCUCCUCCCAUCCGCUCGCGGUGGGAACGAUACUCGAGAGGGGAGACUCGACGACAAUUAUCGUCGACGUAACAGGUAUCGUCGAAAGGAGGGCGAAUCACCCUUCGACGACGAUUAUCUCAAACUCUGCAGAAGCCUGUCGAGAUUAGAUAAGUAUCCGCGAGGCAAUAGAUAUGGACCAGGUCAAGUACACUAUGAGAGAGAAUGUAGAACAUUCGGCAAGGAUACGGUCGCCUUUAUCUACUAUAAGACGUGCUACUUAUGAUCUAAAAAGAAAAGCGAUACAAACGAGCGGUCGGGGGUUCUCUCAUCGAUAGACCGUCCAUCGAUACCCAUGGCUCACGAUCUCAAGCAGAAAUGCGCAUAUGGCCGAUUGGUCGUUUCGAAUCUUUUGUUCCGGAUGCAUUUAACGAGCGGAAGUAUUUUCUACUCGAUAAAAUGGCAUAGGGUUUUGUGUUGAACUGAUAAUUACAAAAUUUAUCAGCAGUAGAUCGUACUACAGAAAAAAAAUCCCUUCAAAUUCAUAUCUUCUUAAUGAUAACAUAUCUUUAUCAGGAUGUAAAGAGGAUACUUGCGUGAGGAAAAAACAGAUCUGUAUAAAAAAAAAAAAUAACCGAGUAACCGAAUCACAAAUUGCCUUCACGUCUGGCUUUAAUAAUUAAAUCGUUUCUCGACUGAUAAUGAAAUUAUAUCAUCGAGCUUUAAAUAGUAACUUCUUAUGUAUAGUAACUUCUGCUCCAAAAAAAACGUGAUAUCAC